GAUAAUUGUUGUUGUCUGCGGGCAGCGAUUGCCCUCAGCAGAGGACAGGCUCUCUUUGAAGCCUGGCCAAGCACCUCAAUAGGUGAAUUGUACUGCAUGAUAAUUGCCACCUCUGGUGAAGAGCAGUCCCCAAUGCGAGCCAUUCAGCGCCCUCGCUGCCUCGCACAGGCCCUUCCUCACUGUGAUUUUUUUUUUCAGCUGGAAAGAAGGGAUUUUAUUAAAGACCGAGAUCAUAAUUACAACACAGAGCAGUAUUUGAGCCCAGAAAUGGAAAAUAAUGAAGUGGUUAUAAGCAGCUGCAGUUCUCAUGAUGAUGAAAAUCUUUACAACUACAAACAGCACCCUUCUAUAUCACAAGAGCUACUCUUAGAAGACCAACUUAGAAGGAAACUUAAAUUUUUUUUCAUGAACCCAUGUGAGAAAUUCUGGGCCCGGGGAAGAAAACCAUGGAAACUUGGGAUUCAGCUUUUAAAAAUAGUGAUGGUAACCAUCCAGUUGGUAGUUUUUGGGUUGAGCAAUCAAAUGGUGGUGGCCUUCAAGGAGGAGAACACUGUGGCAUUCAAACACCUCUUUUUGAAAGGAUAUACAGACAGAAUGGAUGAUACUUAUGCUGUAUAUACACAAAGAGAUGUCUAUGACCAGAUAUUCUUUGCAAUAAACCAGUACUUGCAGCUGCACAACAUAUCUGUUGGAAACCAUGCUUAUGAGAAGAAAGGAGCAGAACACACUGCUAUGGCUAUAUGUCAACAAUUCUACAAACGAGGAAGCAUCUGCCCUGGAAAUGAUACCUUUGACAUUGACCCAGAAAUUGAAACUGACUGUUUCUAUAUUGAGCCCAUGAUGCCCUUGGAAAACAGAACGGUGGGAAAGCAUGAUUUCAAUUUCACUCUGGACUUUCAUAGACUUGUAACAGUGCAGCUUAUGUUUAAUCUGAAGGCAAUCAAUCUCCAGACGGUUCGUCACCAUGAACUCCCAGACUGUUAUGAUUUUACUUUGACUAUACUGUUUGACAAUAAAGCUCACAGUGGAAGAAUCAAAAUAAGUCUAGACAAUGAUAUUGCCAUUAGGGAAUGUAAAGACUGGCAUGUUUCUGGAUCAAUACAAAAGAACACUCAUUACAUGAUGAUAUUUGAUGCCUUUGUCAUACUGACUUGUUUAGCUUCAUUGAUUCUCUGCACUCGAUCUGUCGCUAAGGGAAUUCAGCUCCAAAGGGAAUUAGUGCACUUCUUCCUACAUUAUUAUAAGAAAGAAGUCUCUUUUGCUGAUCAAAUGGAAUUUGUCAAUGGGUGGUAUAUCAUGAUUAUUGUUAGUGAUGUCUUAACUAUUGUUGGAUCAACUCUAAAGAUGGAAAUACAAGCUAAGAGUCUGACAAGUUAUGAUGUCUGCAGCAUACUUCUUGGAACGUCCACCAUGCUUGUGUGGCUUGGAGUAAUUCGUUACCUAGGUUUCUUUCAGAAGUAUAAUCUCCUUAUUCUGACGCUGCGUGCAGCAUUGCCCAAUGUCAUUAGAUUUUGCUGUUGUGCUGCUAUGAUCUAUCUGGGCUAUUGUUUCUGUGGAUGGAUUGUACUGGGACCUUAUCACGCUAAGUUCCGUUCUCUGAACAUGGUUUCAGAAUGCCUCUUCUCACUGAUAAAUGGAGAUGAUAUGUUUGCUACAUUUGCAAGAAUGCAACAGAAAAGUUACUUGGUUUGGUUAUUUAGUCGGAUCUACCUCUACUCCUUCAUCAGCCUGUUCAUCUAUAUGGUGCUAAGUCUCUUCAUUGCACUGAUUACAGAUACAUAUGAAACAAUUAAGCAUUACCAGCAAGAUGGCUUUCCAGAGACAGAACUUCACACAUUUAUGUCGCAGUGUAAAGAUCUACCAAACUCUGGCAGGUACAGGUUAGAAGAGGAGAACCCCAUGUCUAUCUUCUGUUGUUGUAAACGGUAG